AUGAGAAAUUUGACAUUGAACACUCAUUCUUUACUUUUGAUUUUCAGCUAUGAGGAGUACAAGGAGAGGGCAGACUGGCUGUUGGCCCACACGGACCUGCAUCCAAAAGUUGCCAUCAUCUGUGGUUCGGGACUUGGAGGUCUGGCCGACCUGCUGGACAACAAGACUGUUUUCCCCUAUAAGGAUAUACCAGGAUUCCCCAUGAGCACUGUUCCAGGCCACGCGGGUCAGCUGGUGUUUGGCAAAUUGGAGGGCUGCAAGUGUGUUUGCAUGCAGGGAUGAUUCCGCUUCUACGAGGGAUACAACAUGCAUACCGUGACGUACCUGGUGAGGGUCUUCUCCCUGCUGGGCAUGCAGACUCUGAUCGUGACAAACGCAGCAGGCGGACUCAAUGACAGCUACGGUGUCGGUGACAUAAUGAUCAUUAAAGAUCACAUCAACCUGCCAGGAUUCGCCGGGAACAACCCCCUGUGUGGACACAAUGAUCACAGGUUUGGCACGCGCUUCCCUUGUAUGUCAGACGCUUAUGACCACGAGCUGAGGACUCUGGCUCGGGAAACGGCACAUGAACAGGGCUGCGGUGACUUUCUGCAACAAGGGGUUUAUUGCAUCGUGGCCGGACCAACAUACGAGACCGUAGCAGAGUGCAGACUCUUGCAGAAACUGGGCGCAGACACUAUAGGUAUGAGCACGGCCCCUGAGGUGGUGGUCGCUCGUCACUGCGGCUUACGCGUUCUUGGUUUGUGUCUGAUCACCAACAAAGUGGUGGCAGAAUGAAACCACGAAAAGGUGCUGGAGACGACCCAACGCCGGACUCAGGAUCUCCAGAGGCUCGUCAGGAACCUUGUGCCCAAAAUCUAG